AUGCACAAGCACAAGGAAAAGUCAAAGGCUCACUCACCGUGGGGUGCUUGGUCGGAAUGGGUCUGGGACGACGCGAGCGGCCGCCACUACCGGGUACGCCAGGAUAUAAAUGGUAACCUCGACUACGACUGGGCUGCGCCGCAGGCGACGCCGCGAGAUAUAGGACAUCUCGCGCGGGACUUUGAGCAUCUCUCGACAACAGACUCCUACGAGCAGCAGACGGGGGAAUACACCGUCUCCAGCGGCGCCGACGACAAGAGGUCGGGCAAGUCCAAGAGCAAGGGUUCAUCGAAGCACGGGUCGCACAAGCGCAGCGAUGAGGCCGGCACCGGGUCCAGCCAUGCUGGCUAUGCCGAUCAGAGAUACGAGUACACUGACGAGGCCGCCGGCAACUACUACCCGCAGUCAUCAGAUCCGCGGACAUCAGGUGCAUAUGGCAGCGCAACGCAGGCCUACACGAGGGCAUAUUACGAGGAGGAGGACGAGGGACCACCCACGCCCAAACCGCGAAUUACUGCCGAGGAAGAAUUGUUGGCCGAGGAGAUGGACCCUCGCUACCGAGUAGAGCACUCGGUCAAAUUCCAACCCGGAGAGAUCUUCAAGGUGCACUGGUCCGAGCCGCAAGGCGCUGGCAACGACUACGCACCGAGUGUGUCAGGCAGAGAGGAGAUACAGAACAAGUUUGGCACCAAGUUCUUUGUCGGAUUCCGCCGCUUCAUAGUGGUUGCCAGCGACCUCGGCCACAGCACCUGCGUACCCAUCCUCACAUACGGCGGCAAGGGGUGCAAGAAGAAGGGCGUCAAGCCAGCCAAGCACGGCAUCAUCUACGAGCGCGGGCACAAGGCGCGUCUACUAGACAAGGAGCCGGCGCUGGGGUUCCCGCCCGUCAAGGUGCAGAUGACGGAAGAGGGCGAGAGGCUGUCCAAGGAGUCCCGGGUCAACUACUCGAAGCUGGUGACGGUGGAGCACAACGUCAAGGUCUUCUUCAUCGGGUCCAUCGUGGGCGACGACUGGGAGCUGGUGCAAGACGCCGUCAACCAAUGCUGGGAUCAGAAGAACCGCCACAAGAGGAGGAGGUGA